AUGCUUCCCGCCGAGGUCUCCCGCUCCUCUUCCUCCUCGGAUCGCGCAGACAAAGGCAAAGCACGAGCUCGAGACAGCUACGAGGAUCACUUCUGUUUCCAUGCCUACUCGGCAGCCCAGUCGAGCGCAGCCGGGAACGAAACAUCCCAAGCCAUUGUUGGCGAUAAAACAGACGUCAAGGGAAAAGCAAGGCAGCAAGCGACUAGUGCCAGCGGCUGCUCCCACUGCAACGCCACCAACUCGACAAUCGCGACGCACCCUGACCAUUCCCAGAGAGCUCCGAGGCAUGCAGCUGGUGCCAUGUCCAUCCAAGGUCGCCAGAGCGAGCAGAGAGCUCAUCACCCCGCGUUGCAUCACCAAGAUGCCACUCUGAAGCGAUCCAUCCGUCGCCUGGGAUCGUCCCCUUCAAGCUCACCUAGCCAGCAUCCAGUAUCGCUGCCACACAUCGAAUCGCACUCCUCCACCAUAUCCCCACAGCGCUCGAGCAGCGGAUCAAGGGCUACCUCAUCAAGCUCAGUCUUGCCGAUUCCGGCUGGAGCAAGCUCUUCUCGACCAAGCACUGCAAACAAGAAGCGACGAUCGGAUCAUCCUAGUACCCCUGUGAGUAAUGAUGAGAGCAGCAGCAGCAGCAUCAGCAUUAGGACCAGCAUCAGCACCAGCAACCAUCCUAUCUCACUCGAACCGCCAAGCCGACCGGCUCUCGAGCUGUCUGGUCUCACUGCAGCAGUUCUGUCUCACACCGUGGAGGCUUUGGACAGUCCAGCUUCAUGUCCCACCUCAAGCUUGCGCCCCAGCCCCUUACAACCUGAACCUAGCAGCCGGUUCCAGUCGCGCCGAACUUCGCUACUCGUCAACAGCAGUACCAGCAGUACUCGCUUCCUCGAUCGCAACGCUACUUUCUGUGAUUCGCCGGAGCCCAUCAGUCGGCAGACUGAAUCCAGUCCGCAUAUAUCCGAGCCUUUGCAGCAGCGUCGCUCUGCUUUCCUUGACGAGGCGAGAUCUCAUCGCCCCAGCGGCACCAUCCCUCGUCGUAGAGGCUUCUACCUUGGCGAUGAUAACCCUCCCAGCCGUUCUGAGCCGCUCAACGACAAUCCUGCACAGUCCUCAUCCUCUGACUCUUUCAUGUCUGAGUUUGCGAGAGCGGUCGAUCUUAGGCUUGGUGCUCGCUUCGACAACAUGCAGAGCAGUCAUUCUUCUUCUUCCAUCCAAUCCUCCCCAGCUGACGACAGUCGCCCAGCAGCGUCCUCUUGGAAUGUUGCAGCCACGACUUGGCAGCGCAACGCACCGCAGCUGCCCGAUGUACGUGCCGCUUCGCCUUUCGCCUUAUCUUUCGCUCCUGACGAGUCGGAUGAUAUGGGCUUUGUCGACGCACAACCUCCUGGAGUAGGACGCCAACGUAGCAGACUUGCACCCCUUCCACAUCGUGACAGGAUGUCUCACACUCAGCGAGACGCUACCCACCCAGGGCGCCGAUUCAGGCUUGGAGAGGCCGAGGGUACGCGGGGCAUGAGCCUUUCAGGGAGAGCGCUACAGUCUGCGCCUCUACCUGCAACCCAGCCGGAGCGCGCGCAGAACACGGCUCAACAACCAGCUGCACCUCAUCCAGGCGCCGGCGACUGGCAAGAUUUCCGUCACACACUUCCUUGGCCAAGGUCUCACUUUGGUAUUCGGACUCCUGCCGAGUAUCGCGAUCGAGAUGCUCCCGCUGCCACCACUGCUGCUGCUACCGGUGGUCGACAGCGCUUUGAGCCGUUUGCCGAGCCAGAAAGCUCGCAUUCUCGACAGCCCUCCGGUUUGUCUAGCUCGAUACCCGCUCGUCCGGCGAGCUCAUUGCGCCAAGAACGAAGCGAAAACGAAUCAGCCCUCCAACAUCUCGGCCGUCUCAUGAGCCACGAUAGCAUGCUAGACGAAUGGAUGGCCUCCAGCGACCUUCAUGGGCCAUUACUACGCAUGCCGAUCGAAUCAGAAGUCAUAUCCACCAACCCUGAUCUCAGUCAUGAUCCCUAUGCUCCUGCUCCCGCAUCCACUUGGUCAGCGGGUAUGCUCGAUAUAACUCCACCGACGCCUCGUUUGGUGUUCGACGCACGCAACUUUGUCGCCGAUCAGGAUUGGGCCCAACUGAACUCGUACGAAGGCUUGAUGCAGUUGGGUGAGAGGCUGGGGGCAGCGCAAGUUUCUGUUCCGCAGAGUUUAAUUGAUUCCUUACCGACGUGCGAGUAUGCGAGAUGGCAUGGUCGGUCUUGUGCGCAGCACACAGGGGAGAAGGAAGAGUUGCGGCAUAUGGGAAUGGGAAUGUGCAAAGGCAAGGGCAAGGGAAAGGGAAAGGGAAAACAAACCGUGCCCAGUGUGGAAACGCCGUUGGAGUUGCACGGAAGGGAUACAAUGUGUCCCAUCUGUAGAGAGGAUUAUUCGGAUUCAGAUAUAAUGAUGAGCAUCAACAAGUGUUGUCAUGCUUUUCAUGCCGAGUGUAUCAAGACCUGGUUUAAGAGGGCUAAGACUUGUCCAUUGUGUCGAGCAGAUGCUUUUGAUGGGAUAAGUUUGCCAAAGUUGUCUUUUCAAUCUGCAACAGGGCAUAGCUUUCAGCCAGAGGCGAGUGCCAGAGUAUCAUGGACUCUCGAUUUCUCGUAA